GGAAACCACGCAGAAACACGACCAUGUGUGCGACAAGAAUCCGCGCACCGGGACGGUCAAAACCCUCUGGGGGCAACAAAGAUCGAUGACACACAGACAAGGGACACGGCCGCUAUCACCAUCGGCAACCCCCACAAGCCCCUCGAAGGGCAUCUUAGAAGUUUUUCUUCAAUGCCAAGCCAAACAAGAGUCGUGGGGGCGGUCGCGUGGAACGAAUGAGAGAGAAGCAGAACGGGACACGCAAACCGUGUGCCCCGAUGUCCACGUCAUCCGUUCCCGCCGUCCCAACCACUUGCGACACGUGGCACGACAUGAUGAUAAUGAUGACGACGGUGAUGAACACGAUGAUAGUGACGAUUACGGUGGUGAUGUUGAUCUGGGCGACGAUGUCGCUGACGAUGAUGACGAUGUUGAUGAUGAUGAUAAUGUCGAUGAUGAUGUUCGUGAUGAUGACGAUUGUGAUGAUGACGAUGAUGAUGAUGACGAUGAUGACGACGAUGAUGACGAUGUUGAUGAUGGCGAUGACAGCGAAGAGGACGAUGGUGGUGAUUUUGAUGACGGCGACGACGCUGAUGAUGAUGAUGAUGUUGAUGACGUUGAUGAUGUUGAUGAUGAUGUUGAUGAUGAUGAGGAUGUUGAUGACGUUGACGAGGUUGAUGAUGAUGUUGAUGAAGAUGAUGAUGAUCACGAUGACAAUGAUGGUGAUGAUGAUGAUGAUGAUGAUGAAGAUGAUGACGUUGAUGGUGGUGGCGACGAUGAUGGUGAUGAUGGGGGCGAUGAUGAUGAUGAUGAUGGCAAGCAAGAAUCACGAGGCCGCUCGCGAGGAAAGAACGAGCGGGAAUCAGAAGGGGACACAGAAACCAUGUGUCCCAAUGUCACCGACAUCCUUUCCCUCCGUCCCUGCAACUUGAAACAGGUGGCGGGACGCGGCCGCUCCCAUGGGCCGGCAAACAUGCCUGACACGAGGGCAGGUAGAACAACACUUUACCUUGAAGAGGGCACAUCGCACACGAUGGCGCUGCUCUUUGACGGCUCACAAUUCUUCGAGGAGGCGCAGUUCUUCAAUGACGGCGAAGCGCACACGAUGGCGCAACUGUUCGACAAGGGCUCAGCGCAAACGGCGGAGAUGUUCCUGCUGGGCCGUGGAUCAGAACCUGCCGUGCACGGUUCCUCAGACAAUCGUAAAUUUCGGAUCACGACGGACUAUGGAUUCUAUAAAAUGCAAAGUCCGUUGAGAUCCGAACUUCCCGUGCACGGUUCGUCGGAAAACCGUCGACUUCGGACCCCGGCGUGCUUCACCUUUCGGGUGGUGCGGGUUCUGACUGUGGACUUCCUGGCGACCGGUUGCGUGAUGGAGGGGACCUUCUCGACACCACGCAUCUUUGAGUCGAUCUUCUCGAGACCACAGGCCAUGAGUGCCGAGACGCACAUUCGCUUAGCAGAACCCUUUCGUCCUUGUGCGAAAUCCGUGCGGCAUUUCAACGGUGUGACGACGAUCCACGAAGCGACCGCAGAGGACUUCGACGAGGACCCAUGGAUGACCGUCGUUCCAUGCAGGGAUGUGCAUCUUGACGACUGGGGCGAGGGCAAUUGGGCUAGUAUGAAGAGUCACUGCCCUUGGGCAAGCCAGUACAAGUUCGCGAAUAUGUUGGAGUUCGGGGACCUCAUCCCACUGCCUGACGCCGUCCUCAGACAUAAGUUCCUGAACCAUAUGCGGAAAGCACUAAGAUGCAUUAGCCGCUAUUUCAGUCGCCUCGAGUGCCACAACGUCAGGUCGUCGCCACGAACUUGGGGUGGCUCGCGGAAACAAGAGUUGGUGGACUGCGCUCGUCGCUGCUCGUUCCUGGACCAGUACCCGCUCCGUUGCCCCGGGAUUUCUCCACGAGCUGUGUCGUACUGCUGUGUGCGGUUGACUGUGUGCGGAUCUGAUUUCGCCAGAGUUUUAUGUGUCGCUGCUUCGAACAAGAGCAGGAAACUCGUGGACGCAGUUGUGCUCGUGUCGCGCAACGAAGUUGUGAUUGAAGGGUCCAAAUUCGUGCCGAUGCGUGGGCCUGAACGUGUGGAUGGGUGGCCAGAUUUGGUGAUAGCAGACAAUAUGUCUUCGUCCAGGGGUGAAGGGGAGCCUGCAGCAACCUCCAGGAUGGGAUCUGGGAAAGAUUCUACAAAACGGUCGUCUACGACCUCAAGGACGUGGUCCGACCACGCUAGGUCGAAAUGGUUCGUCGACCGGUGCUGUGCUGAUGCUACGAACCCAGUCCAUCAACCGUGUGGUCCUGUGAUCUUUGUCGAAGCCAACAAGCGCCGCAGGGUUCUGGGGGUUGUCUUGCGGUGGGAGAAUGCGAAAGGCAGUCGUCGACGGUUUUACAUGAAAAAUGUGUACGGUUCAAAGGGGAACGUUGUCGCCGGUGCCAAGGGGGCAGUUCUCGACAUGUGUCUGUUCGAGGGGUUCGGAGCGGGUGCUGCGAACACCCCGUUCUACAACGACCUCCGGCGGCAGGGCGGGUUUGUUUUGGGUCGAGAGUUCUUCGACCUGUUGGAGGACAAGGGCAUCGCCCUCGACGUCCCUUGCGAAGUCGGUCCCGACCUGGAACUGCCAAUGCCUUUGCAGCCAUGUGGCGGUUGUGAGUCGAGCGGGGCAGCGAAGGAGGGGGGGGAUCUGGGUUCCGGGGAGGCUACACAUGUGCAGCGGGAGGAUGUCAGAGGUCAGUUUGACGACAACGAAGAUGAGGCGACACCGUGUCCGCCGUUUUCGCCGUCGAGAGAAAGAGACAGGUCCGUGUUGUCCAUACCUGGGGUCCGGCAACAGACCGCAGCGGAUCCCGGAGAAGAAGGAGUCCUGUGUGGGUCUGACUUGGAACCCGCCGAGGGCCAUGGCGCGGAAGGCGAGGCAGUGGGCGGGGAGGGAGCGCAGGGCACUCCCCAAAGAAGGAGGGGAAAACGUCAAGAAGAGUUGGUGGGCUCUUCGAAGAAACAGAAGACCAAGACCCCGAGGACUGUGGGAGAGAAACGGAAGGGGAGGGGGGUGGAAGAGGGCCACCCGAGUAGCAAACGUCCAGCUUCGAAACAUAAACAGCCUGAGUCGGGACCUUCUUCACCAUGGCCUGCCAUCGACGUGGACGCGAGGUACUUCCUGGAGUACAACGACGGCGUCAGGACAAGGCGGGAGUUUGAGAUCAGCCUGGCUCAGAUUGUUGACAAAAGGGAGUGGGCGGAUCUUUACAACCAGCGGUCACUAGAUCCCGUCCUCGUGGAAACGAUAAGGGAAGCAAUGCGGUCUGCGUUCGAAAAUAAAGAACAGACGUACGAGUUACCGGUCUUCAAGCUCGCACCACUGGGGCUUCAAAAACCAACUCCUGGGACCAAGGCACAACGUCUGAAGCCAGAGGAGUGGAAGGAUGAGCUGGCGGGAGAAUACUACUACUAUGCGGUGUGCGGGCAGCACAACGCGGCUGCAGCCAGGUCGCUGCUCGACAGCGAGGUAGCCAAGAAGUACAAUUUCGAGCGGUGGCCGGCACGGAUGGUGUAUUUUUCCGACGAUGACUUCGAAGGGUAUUUUCUUGUUAGUUCACAGGACAACAAGAAGGACCUGAAGGCACCUCCCAGACAGUUGAAACUUUCUAUGAAAGACAUUCGAUGGCGGUGGAAGCAUGACGGCUGCCCGAGAGCUAUGAUGGGGAACCUUAGCGGGAAACAAAAUCUGGUCCGGGUUUGGCGUAAGUUUUGUACAACGGCGCUCCAUAAGGCGCCUCAAAACAGUUUGUGGCUUCUCGCGGAUCAAAAGGAAGAGGAGGCCAUUAAGAAGCAAAAUGUUGUCCCGCGUUCUUACUUACCUCUGGCGAUGGCCGGGGAAAAUGUCUGGAAACUGGCCGUGGAAUUUUUCGAAAAAUGGGAGACGAGCAGAUUGCUUAUCUACGAUGGGGCGAAGUGGACUGUCAAAAAGAAGAAGGUCAAAAGCGUAAAGCCUAGGGUCGCCUACAUCCACAACGACAAAUUGGGCAGAGCGGAGGUGGUGUACAACGUCCCCGUGGACCCGCCGAAUAAAAAGGGCAAAAAGGAGAAAGAGGAGGGCGAUUGGUUCGUGCAAGUGCCAGACCCGGACGCGCAUUGUUGGAAAGCAAUGGAAUCACUCACGGACAAUGAGAAGUGUCGCGUUCUGAAAAAGGUGCUUGCUUGCGAGGUCGUUCGGGUCCAGGUCGGCUCCCCGUCGUUGGCGAAGUUGGAAAAGCUCAGCGUGCAAGACAUGGUUCAGCUGGUGAAGUGCGACCGCGUGCUGGUCCGGUUGUGGAAUUACUACCAAUUCAAGCACGAGAAGAGGCCGGACGCGGACUGGAUUCAAAGGUACCCUUUCCUGAAAUCGAGGUCUGCCGUGUUCAAGAAGUUUGAAGGUCAGGGAUUGGAUGACAAGUUGUGGGAUAACAGCAAGAAACACGUUUCCGACUCGGCGCUGUUCAAGGACUGCCCGCCGUACAUGGGUUGCGACCAGGACAACUCGAUUGAGGUGACGGAGAAGUUGGCGGGCCACAAGAAGUUGUCCGUCGACUGGAGAAACAAGGUUCUCUCCGUGUUGAAUGGAAGCAGACUGAAGAGUCGGGAAGUCGCACUUGCCGAAGGCGUCGUUCACAUUAAAUGGAAAGACACGGGGGACGUGACAUCCAUCGCGCCGUUCACCAACGACCCUUUAGAGGCGGACAUCAGGGGCGCGGAGCUGAAGGAGGCAGUGGCUGCCACAAAGAGCCACACGUUCGUCCUCGAUCUGUGCGAGCCGGGCAGCGUCUACGGGGAUAUGGAACGCAAUCCGACCCAAUUCGUCGGUCUUCUUGAUUUUCUUGGCAAGAAGGGAGAGGGUGUCGUGUUCCUUGGGAAACCGCAUGCGCGAAGCGUCUGGGAGCUUCUGAAGGCCGGCCGACACGUUAUCGCAAUGGAAGGGAACUCCGACCUCUUGCAAUUCACGAUGCAGGUGGUGAAAAGCGAGGUCAAUUCGAGUGGGCACAAUUGUGAGUUCAUGGUCGUGAGGCCAACACGAGAUAAGGUGUGGAGCAAGAAGACGGAUAUGUGGUUCAAGUUGAGCGAGAGGAAGAGGAACAAGAUAUACGAUUUCUUGUUCCUUCAAACGUGUCCGAGGAGGGACACUGAUGCCGAGUACAUCCGUCGGAAGGACCACAUGUUGGCACUGCUCGACAACUACCACUUCGCCUCCCUCAUGAACGCGAAAACGUUUAUCGAAAGACUGCAGUCGCUGUACUUAGUGGAGUCCGAGGAGCAGUUGAAGUUAGCCAGUUACGCUUCCCUGAUCUCCACUGACGACGAGGAAGCCAUAGGUGUGGAGUUUGUGGCCAACGCGAAGGAGGAGGAGAGCGACACGGAGAGCAUCGACCUGCAGUACGACCCGCCUCCGGCGGACCACGACCGAGGGUCCUCGUUGGCCGGUCCAUCACCAAGCGCUGCAACCCUCGUAUCACCAUUGGCCAAACCGACGCCGGGCACCACACCGAUGAAGUUGCUGGAGAGACUUAGAGUUCUGGCCGCCCCCCCCCCCGCUUUGCGUCCCGGCAUUGCGACGCGGGACGGAGACGUCGGAACGGUGUCGCCUGCGCGGGAGCGACGGCCGCAAGGAUUGCAGCGGGAGGCUGCAAGUCCAGGGUCCGGCGACACGGAGACCACGAAGUCCGCCAAGAUCCGAACUUCUUCGGGCGGGGUUUGUCGGCCAGGGAUUGUCGUGCCGUUGAGAGGGGCAGCGUGCACGGGGAUGAAAGGGCGGUCCUCGCGAUUCGGCACGGGUACCGCGGAAGGGGACGAGUUUCGUGGGAGGGACGUAGGGGAGGAAACGGAGGAACAGAAGGGAGCGCAAGAAGGGGAGGAAGAAGGGGAAGAAGAGGUGGAAGGGGAGGAAGCGGGAGAAACGGAGCUAAUUGAUUUGUUUGAAGGAAGGGAGAAGACGAAGUGGAACACAGUGAGGACGAUGCCAGAUCUAGAGAGUCGUCUGACGAGUUCGGACAACUGUACGGAGAGCAUCACGAGGAUGAUGUCGACGACGAUGCCACGGCAAAAGAGAUGGAGACACAAGUGGUCAGCAGCCUUUCCGCAGAGCCUGAAGAUUAUGCGGUCCGGCCACUGACGUCUGUUGUCGACUUGCAACACCGCU